GCGUGUAAAACAAACGUGUAAUGGUAUUGUGAAGUUUUGAAAGUGUUAUCGCUUUAUUUAAGAUGUGAAAGUAGUUACUCCGUCUCUCAGAUUUGGGAAGUUACCGCCUUGCUGAACGUUGUCAGAUGAUCUUCACAACACUUGUAGUUUCUGCAACCUGUCUUUUUUUUUUACUGUCCAUGGUUGCCCCCUGUAACUAACGCUGUGUAUUAUAGGCACGGUCUAUCUUUUUGAGGAUUAUUUCUUUUGUAUAAAUGGAGAAGAACAGCCCAACAAGCUGCAGUCAGAUAUCUUCUAUAGACCAGGGAGGGGACCACGAGUUUGCGUCUCUGCCUGAGAAGUUACAGAGGAAGUUGAUGCCUUUUCAGCGAGAAGGGAUUGAGUUUGCCCUGUCAAGAAAGGGAAGAUGCAUGAUUGCAGACGAGAUGGGUCUGGGGAAGACCAUCCAGGCCAUCUCGGUGGCGUGCAUCUACAGACACCAGUGGCCGCUGCUCAUCGUGGUCCCGUCCUCUCUCAAGUACCCCUGGAUCGAGGAGCUGGAGCGCUGGGUGCCGGAGCUGCUGCCCGGCGACAUCAACCUGGUGGAGAGUAAGACGGACACCAGGGGCAUCAGCAGCAGUAAGGUGACGGUCCUGGGCUACGGGCUGCUGACCACAGACGCACGCCCCCUGGUGGAGGCCCUGACCAGGCAGAAGUUCCAGGUGGUAGUGGUGGACGAGUCGCACUACCUGAAGUCCCGUAACGCCGCACGGAGUAAACUACUGGUGCCCAUCAUCCAGAGUGCCAGCCGAGCCUUACUGCUGACGGGCACGCCCGCACUGGGGAGACCAGAGGAGCUCUUCAUGCAGAUUGACGCCCUGUACCCCCGGAUGUUAGGGACCUGGUCUGAGUACGCCAAACAAUAUUGCAAUGCCCACUACAGAUACUUCGGGGCUCGUCGUCAGUGGGACUGUCGCGGCGCCUCGCACCUGGACGAGCUGCACCGCCGCCUGGGUGAGGUCAUGAUCCGCAGGCUGAAGGUCCAGGUGCUCACGCAGUUACCCCCCAAAAUACGCCAGCGCAUCCCCUUCGACCUGCCCAAAGACGCCGCCAAGGAAGCGAGCUCCAGCCUGGAAGAGUGGGAGAGACUAAUGAGGAGGGCGGAAUCAGGGGUGUCGGCCACUGAUAACCCUGUCCUGGAAGUUAUGGCUCUCAUUACGCGCAUGUACAAGCACACAGCUGUGGCCAAGGCUGGUGCAGUGAAGGACUACAUCAAGAUGAUGCUGGAGAACGAAAAGCUCAAGUUCCUGGUGUUCGCACAUCACCUUGUCAUGCUGCAGGCUUGUACCGAGGCAGCCAUUGAGGCUAAGGCUAGUUACAUCCGCAUUGAUGGGAGCGUCCCGGCGUCAGAGAGAAUCCAACUUGUCCACCGGUUCCAGAAUGAACCAGAAACGCGCGUCGCCAUCCUGAGUAUACAGGCAGCGGGACAGGGCCUGACGUUCACGGCGGCCACACACGUGGUGUUCGCGGAGCUCUACUGGAACCCGGGGCAGGUGAAGCAGGCGGAGGACCGUGCCCACCGCAUCGGGCAGACCUGCUCCGUCCACGUGCACUACCUCAUCGCCAAGGGCACCUUCGACACGGUCAUGUGGGGCAUGCUCAACAGGAAGGAGACGGUGACGUGCAGCACGCUGAACGGGAAGAAGGAGGUCCUGCAGGCGGAGCUGGGCGACAAAGAGAAGUGGGACUUCCUGAACUUCGCCCAAGCGUGGAGCCCCAACGACGCGCCGACCGCCGGCCCCACGGACGACAAGGACGCCGUCUUCUUCUCUCACUUCGAGAAGGACAAGCAGCACGACAUUCGGUCCUUCUUUUCUCCCCGCGCGGAGAAGAAGCGGAAGAGACCUGGAGAGGAGGAGGAGCAGGAGGAGAAGGAGAAGAAGGAUGAGUCCACCUCCACCUCCACCUCACCUCUCAGCCCCCCCCCCCAGACCGCCCCCCGACCGAGCCCUCCUGCCCCACUCCCACCCCCAGCAGCCCCCUCUCAGCAGACCGUGACUUUGCCCCCCAAGGUGAAGAGGCUGAGGCAAGCCAGCCCGGUGGCGCAGGGCAGGGGUAAGAGAGUGUCCUGGGUGGGUAAAAGCAGCCCCCUGGCCACCCUGAUGGCCCCACGCCGGCUCUCCGAGGGGCAGAGGGGGGGGCAGAAAUGGAGUUGUGGGGCAUGUACCUACGCCAACACCAAUCUGCUGCCCUACUGCGAGAUGUGUGAGUCCCCACGGCCUGGACAUGCCACGGCUGUUCCGAGCCCCCAGACCCCCUCUACUCCUCCACCCCCACAGCCCACAGCCCAGGCGGCCGACCCCAGCAUUGAGCUCUCCGACUCGGGCUCGGAGCAGGGGGACAGCCCCCCUAAUCGUCCAACAUCCCCCAGGGCCAAGGAUGCGGGGCAGAGACGAGGACGGGAAGGAUGUGCACGCCAGGAAACAUCGCCAGAAGACUCGCCCCCCCAGUGCAACACAGAAGGGCAACAGGAGUGUGUGUUGGAGGAGUGUGUGGGUGGUUGCGCUGACGGAGAUCUGCCCCUGUUUGAGAGCCUGAGGUUCAGCGCCAGCCGAAACACAGACAGAAUCUACCUCUACGACAAGGACGGUGCUCCUCUUCACUGUAACUUCAUUCCGCUGGACAUCAAGCUGGACAACUGGGAGGAUCUGCCCUCACAGUUCAGCCACAGGGAGAACAGGAAACUGGUGCAGCGUUUUGUGCGUGAGUGGAGUUCUCUGACAGCCAUGAAACAGAGGCUGGUGAGGAAGAGCGGAGAGGUCUUCCUCAGUCCCACACUUCUGCUGGACCAGCUCACCAGCAACCAGCGCAGGCUCAGCAGCACCAAGAGGUACCUCACCAAGCAGGACGUGGCCCAGGCCUCCCUCACGAAGGCCCAGAGGGACGGGGGCACGGUCCGAGUCGUCAGCCCCGAGAACUUCUUCGCCAAGCGGAGGUCCACCGGCACUCCACCGCGGCCCCACGACACCACCAACAAGGAGAUGAUAGAGGCCCCAGCUGAUGUCGGCGUCAGCCCUGGCGCGGGUGCCCCUGACGCGGGGUACUUACAGACCGUGGACAGCUCGGGUGCCCCUGACGGCGGGUACGUACAAGCCGUGGACAGCUCGGGUGCCCCGCUGUGCCUGUCGUGCCAGCGGCCGUGUGGGGACGGGCGCUUCUGCGGCAAGGCGUGUCAGGAGGACUUCCGGGUGCGGUCCAGCCAGGCCUACAUGCGGGCGCGGGUGCUGGAGACGGAGCAGGGCGUGUGCCAGAUGUGCGGCCUGGAUGGGCACCAGCUGUUCCAGAGGGUCCGAGACGCCCCCGCCGCCCAGAGGAAGCAGAUCCUGGAGAACACCUGGCUGGCCCAGCUCUCACUCAAAGAGCUGAAUGUGAUGAUCCGUAACCCAACAGAGGGCCUGUUCUGGCAGGUGGACCACAUCAGGCCCGUCUACGGAGGGGGGGGGCAGUGCUCACUCGACAACCUGCAGACGCUCUGUACUGUGUGUCACAGAGGGCGCACCACCAAGCAGGCCAGAGAGCGGAGCCAGAUGAAGAGAGGACAGGCAGCGCUAAAGGGGUCUUCAGACAUCACUCGCUUCCUCCUGAAGAAAUGAACCACACUCUUCCUCCUGAAGAAAUUACCAUCACUCGCUUCCUCCUGAAGAAAUGAACCACCACACUCUUCCUCCUGAAGAAAUGACCACCACACUCUUCCUCCUGAAGAAAUGACCACCACACUCUUCCUCCUGAAGAAAUGACCACCACACUCUUCCUCCUGAAGAAAUGAACCAUCACACUCUUCCUCCUGAAGAAAUGAACCAUCACACUCUUCCUCCUGAAGAAAUGACCAUCACACUCUUCCUCCUCUUCCUCCUGAAGAAAUGACCGUCACACUCUUCCUCCUGAAGAAAUGAACGAGUCUGAGCUGCACUCUUCUCUCAGACCCCCCCACCCACCAACCCACCCACCCACACACACACACACACACACACACACACACCCACAACCAGAUGCAGAGAACUGAUAGAGACAGCCUUUAUGAGCUCAGAGCUGAGACUCAAACACUCUGUUUGUCACACACACGCGCACACACACCCACACACACACACACACACACACACA